AUGUGCGACAAUAAAAAAGAAAACAAAGACCGUAUAUGCAAUAAAAGCAAUCGACUACGACAGACUCCCCAAAAACGGAAUAAUCAACGUCUACCGAGAAAUAGAGUUCCACUACCAUUUGAGGUAAGUGGAGUGAGUCAUACAAGACAUCCCUACAUCCUCAGACUAUUCGACUACUUCUACGACGACGAGACAGUCUAUUUAGUCAUGGAACAUGCCAUCAACGGGUCACUCGAGGACAAAUUACAGGCAAGGGGGGCCCUCACUGAACGAGAAGCCUCACGACCCGCCAAUGUAUUGUUUGCACUCCACGAUAUUGUCCGUCUUUCCGAUUUUGGGAUAUCCGUCCACCCAGAUGCCUCCCGGUGCAUCACGAUGGGGGGGACUGUCGAGUACAUGUCCCCAGAGGUGGUCAGGGGACUUGGAUAUGACCACUCUGUUGAUAUUUGGGCCCUGGGAGUGCUUUCCUAUGAACUUUUGGUGGGGAAAACUCCUUUUUCUCAUUCGAUUGACUCCAAAAAAUGUCGAGAAUUGAUCCUCCUGUCUAAUUCUGACAGUUGGAUUGAAGCAGGGACAGUUCGCGGGAAAUGUGUGGUUGUCCACCUCAACAAUUUUGACACUGUAGAAGAAAUAACAUCCAAAGAAGUAUUUUUUAUCCUCUAUCACAAGGACUGGUUCUAUUUCAAAUUUACAGUCACUGAUGGAGAGAUGAAGGAAUACAAAGGGGAAAUACACAUUGGUUCUGCUAAUCAGGCUGUGUUGUCCCCACAACCUUCAUGUACUAACAAAAAUAUCUAA